AUGGUCCACGUCUUCAUCCCCCGCGCUUCCGGCUUUGCAAAGACGCUCGAGGAUCGAGGUCUCAACGUCAUCCGCGCUACUCUAGAAGAUAUUGACGUUCUGGCGAAAACAGCUUCAGACGCCGACGCUGUCAUCCACCUAGGUUGUAAACGUACGUCCCCUCCCACUCUCCACCCUAUAUCCCAUCUACACCACAGAGCUUACCCCGAUCCAGCCGACCUAGAUAUCAUCACCGCCUUCGGCACCGUUCUCAGCCGCACAAACAAACCCCUCAUCAUCACCUCUUGCACCCUCGUCACCGGUAUCCCAAACUCCCACGAAUACUCCCCGGGCAAAGUCCCUCCAAUGGCAGCAUCCGAGCGUCUUACGCUACGCCUCUCUUCAGCUGGUAUCCGUACGCACAUCAUCCGCUUGCCGCCUGUCGUACAUGGCGACGGCGAUACAGGAUUCCUGGCGCACUAUAUCGAGUGUUCGAGGAAGGCAGGUUUUGCGGGGUAUGUGGGAGAUGGGGAACAUCGAUGGCCUACUGCACAUGUUGAAGAUGUGGUGCAAGUGUACAAACUUGCCCUGGAGACCAUCCAUCUCAAAGGCGGUAAUAUCCUCCACGCCUCACACGAAUCUGGAGUAUUCUUCUCUGACAUAGCUUCCACCGUCGCCAAACGUCUAAACAUCAAAGCCAAGAGCAUGACAAAACAAGAAGCUGAAGAGGCAUAUACCUGGGGGGUACAGAUGAUGGUGCAGGAUGGUAGAACGUCGAGUGAGUGGACGAGGGCGUGGCUUGGGUGGAAGCCGGAGGGGGUGGGGUUGGUUGAGGAUUUGGAGGGAAGUGGGUGGUAUUUUGGGGAUGACUGUGUCUAUCGAGGGCGGAGGAAUGAGAAGAUAAGGCAUAGCGUUCAAUGAUGUGAUGAUAGAGG